AUGUUAACGGGCAGUUUGAAGAAAGAAACGGAGGAGAAGGGACAGCAAAGACACCGUAAGAAAAGCUCCGAAACCGAGCCGGACUUGAACGCAGCAGCUGCAGGAGGAGGACAGGUGACAGGUGAGUAUCUUCAGUCACAAACAGUGAAAACACUGGAGACUGUAGGAGUUGUUAACAACAUUAAAUAAAAAGCGUUUGUAUUUUGUCAGUUUGAGCUAGCCACCUACCGUUAGCUUGUCUAACAUGCCAUCAAUAGACGUUAAGUAGCUAACGGUUGGUGCUAGCUGCUGAUUUCCAGCCGUUUAGCCUUAGGGUAUUGCAGUGAACAACUCGGCUAACUUGUUCACCAAAAAACAGAGAUAGAUUUUCAUUUUUUUCUAACACAAAAUAUCAGUAAAACUGUUAAUUUGCGAACUAAGAACCGAAGUAUCCUCCGGUGUUCCGUCGAGUUGUGCUCCCCUGUCGGUAAAUGCUAACCGUAGCUCCACUUGUUAAUAGAGUCGGUCAGUGUGCGCGAUUUCUUUUCCAACAGCAGUGUGAGGCUUUUGGAAAAAAAAUUCUGUGGGGUAUAUUUUUAUUGUCUUUUACAAAAUCUGUAUGUAAGAUUUCAGGAGAAAAUUAUCACAGCAGUCUACAUUUCUUCAUCGUUCACUCUCUGGGCAUGCGCGGAGCCGCUUAGGUGCAAAUUUCGAUCGGUAGCAUUAUUUUUUUUGGACCUUCCAUCUGAAGGUGCGUUAGCUAAAACAAGCCAGAUCGUACGAUAGUUUGGAUAUUUUUUAACCAGACCAAAGUUUAGUUGCAAAAGUUUCUCUCUUUUUUUGAUAAGUAAAGCUAAAUGUCAAGUGAAAAGUCCUCUGACCUCUACUUUUUUCUAAAUUAAGUUGGCGAACAUCAGUAACUGUUACAUAGAGUGAGCCGUUGGUGUCAGUUUGUGUCAGUUUGUGCAGCAGAAUUUGGAAAACUCACUUUUAAGUGCAGCUAUUCUCUGAUAUGAUGAACUGAAAUGUAAAUGCUUUCUGUUUUGUUGUUAUGAAAACAGGUCAGUGUUAUUUUAUUUUGUUUAUUCAUUCCAAUCAUGUGAUUUAUGGGAUCACAGUAUAGUGAAGCAGGUUUAUGAACACUGCUGAAUGAGCUUUUUUCUCCUUUUUCCUCUAAAAGUGAUAUGAUAUUUAUAUCUUGUGUUGAUAGUAUUAUGAUAAACAUCCAUUAAAAAAAACAUUUGAUAUCCAAUAAGGUUUUCUUGUGGCUUAUCACCAUAAAAGCUGAUGUCUGUGAGUUUUUGUGUUUCUAGAUGGAAAAUAAAAAACAGUGAAACAACAUUGUGAGCAUGUGAGGAAAACUGAUCUAUUAUCUCUAACUAAUAAAGUAUAAUGACGCCAUCCGCUGUUGACUGAAGUCCGGCAUGUUAAGAUAGUUCCCCCUUUAGUCCACGGUGAUAAAUUUGUUGUUGCACUUUUUAUCCGUGCCAGCUGGUGUUGUGACUCACUUCCUUCUCCCCUCAGCGCUCUCUGCCAGUCUCCGUGGUGACCAUCGACAGCAGCAGCACUCGUCCCAUUGAGUUACCCAUCAGCUUGUGUCACAUGACGUCAUACCAGAAUCAACUGUGUCCGGCUGAUCUACAGGUGCAGUUAACGCUUGGAGAACAGGGUCCUGGAUACUACUACUACUACUACUAUCAGGUAAAGUAAGACGAAUCCUCACUACACAGACUAUUAGACAGCCUUGACCAUCAACCUCCAGUUCACAGAAGUUGUAAUUGAACCUAGAAGUUGAUGGUUUGCAAAUUAUUUGAUUAUGUUGAGACAACGUAUUAAAUGUUAAAACAAAAAAAUAGGACUGUAUAAAAAAAUAUGUUCAUUUCAAAAUUGAUGCCUGCAACACAUUUCAAAAAAAGUGGGGACUGUUGAGCUGCAACACUUCCUUUUUAUAGGAUGUUUUGUAAAUGUGUUUGAACCGAAUGAACCAGUCCUGAAUUAUGAGAGGAAACAUUGUCCCACUCUUGUCUGAUAUGGAAUUUCAGCUCCUCAACAGAUCAGGGUUUCCGGAUUCGAACCACAGGACAGUUUUUUCAUCACAUCUCAGUCUUUUGAAUUUUUUGUCUGGGUUAACGUGCUACUGGGUCAGUCAUGUUUCUGACCCACUCGCACGUUAACCUCAUUAGUUGGGCGAUGUUUCUCCUCACACCUUUUCCAGUAUUUUGUUGUCCUGGUCCAAACUUUUACUGAAAGUGUUGUUUGCAUCAAAUUUAAAGCGAAUGUAUUUUUCACAAAAUAAUCAAACUUUAAACUUUCAUCAUUUGAUUUGUUGUUCUGUUAUUAUGAUUUAAUGUUAAGUGUUUUAAUCAACACUUUACACAUUCCCAACUAUUUAAGUUUUUGGUUUUGUACUUAUUUGCAACUGAAAAAUAAUAAUAUUAAGUUUAGGGGUCUGACACCCGUUCAGGCACGUUUAAGGAGGCCUAUAGGGACAACUAGGGGAGAGGUUGGGGAGGAGGGAGCUGAAGCAGUGAGGGGAAACUGAUGUAAGUCAAAGGGAAAGGUGUCAGUGGGAGGGAGAGGGGAGUGAAUAGUUGGAUGAGAACAAGGAAGAGGAGGGAGUUUAAGGGAGGGCAGAGGGGGAGUGGACUCCUCUGAAUUACUGCUCUGUGAUUGGUGGUUGCUGGGCCUUGUGCUGACCCCUCUCAAACUGUCGCCUAACUAGGGCUCUCCCACAUACAUUCAUAUACAUACACACACACACAAACGAAGUGGUGUGCGGCCCUCUGUUGAGUGGCAGGAACAUGUGAGCUCCCUCACAUUUGCUAUUCUGGGCAGGGGAGGGAAAAAAAGGGGAGGGGAGAGGAGGGGACGAAGCAGGGGGGAGCAGAGGGUCUUUUCUCUUUCUGCAUGUGGCUGAGCCAUCGUGAGGAGUUGCUCAUGAUUUCUGUCUCAUGUUGUGUGGACUCACUGUGCGUUCAGCCAUAGCAGUCUUGUGUUUUAUUCCCACUCUAGGCCACAGAAGAUGGGGUGCUGCUUUAGUAAGGAGCUCAACCCCGGCCCGCCGAAUGAGAGGAGUGAACUCUUACAGCCCUCGAACCACGGAGGGCUGAAUGAAGUGACAGAGCAGGUCAGACAACAUGCUGCCGCUGUGGCUCAAGUGUGCCUGGACGGAGAAGAGACAAGCGUGGCUGUCAGAGCAGAGGAUGAGGAAGGAGCGCCAGAGCUGGACAAGACAGUUGGGACAGAGGAAGUGGUGGUCAGUGGGAACAGCACCACGUGGAGCCAGAAGGAUCUUGAACCGGCCAGCACUCACGAGGAGAAGGCGGCUAUUAUUAACACGAGCAGCAUAAACACACAUACAAGCACGGACACAGAGACAGGCGGGACACACACCGACAGGCCCAGCUGUGGACCGACCCCGUAUAUGGAGAUGCCCAGACAGAGUCCAGUCAAACAGAGGAGUCUGGGUAAUGCCACAGUCCAGGCUUCGUGGUUGAAUCAACUUCCUGAAGAACAGCAGCCAAAGAAACAGAUUCCUGACAGCUUCCCUGACUGUCAGGAGAAUGUCACAGUCAACCAGGUGACACAGGUGACACAGGUGACACAGGUGUCAGAGGAUCAGCCGUCACUCAGUGAGUGUGAGGGGACACAGCAGGACUCUCCACAAGCUGAUGAGGAGGAAGUGUGUGUCGUUGCUACGACUCUAGGUCAGGGCUUUGAAACGAGGACCCGAAGCUUCUACAGCAUUUGUUCUAUUGACGCUGAUGACCUUGAACACGAGCACGUCCACAACCAAACACAAACAGCUGGAGCAACACGCUCACCAAACACAGCUGAAAGAGAAACAGCUGCUCUGCCCUGCAGAGACCAAUCUCCGCUCUCCAGCCAAUCACACGCAGGGGAAACCACCACGGUCUGUGAGUCUAAAACGACCCGCCAGUCACAUGAUGACAAAGCAGCUUCAGCACAAUCAAGUCCUGUAGAUAAAUCACUCAUCCUGCUGCAGCAAACACACUCAGACAGCUCACUCUCUGCAGAUCAGAAUGCCUCAUCUCAUCCUGCUGCGAGUCCACAGCUGCUGGACUCUGUGUGUGACCCACCGCCUCCCUCUAACAACCAAACUCACAACCAAGAGUCCACGGAACACACACCUCAGCGUGAGGACUGGAACUGCAGGACGACCGCUGCAAACACACAUGAGUCUGAGGAUGACAGGAUGACAUCACAAACUGAUGAAAGGGCAAGGGCUGUGGAGGAGAGUGUGUGUGCAGCAGAGGAGGGUGUGUGUGUGGCAGAAGAGAGUGUGUGUGUGGUGGAGGAGAGUGUGUGUGGGGUGGAGGAGAGUGUGUGUGCAGCAGAGAAGAGUGUGUGUGCAGCAGAGGAGAGUGUGUGUGAGGUGGAGGAGAGUGUGUGUGCCAUGAAGGAGAGUGUGUGUGAGGUGGAGGAGAGUGUGUGUGUAGCAGAGGAGAGUGUGUGUGUGGCAGAGGAGAGUGUGUGUGUAGCAGAGGAGAGUGUGUGUGCAGAGGCCUUUAGUAUUUCAGAGGGAACAGAGGAUGAAGUGAAGGCGUUGGAUCAGAAAGAAGAUCCUGAGCUUCUAACCGAGCUAAACAUCCAAAAUGUCCAACCAGCAGCUGAAUCUCCUGGUCUGGACUCUCCCCUUCAGAGCUCCUAUCCUUCAAAGCUCGACUUCCACCCGCUGCUCAAGGAGGACUUUCUUUUGCCUCAGCUCGAGAUGGAGAUGGUUAAAUCUUCCCAGAAGAGCGAGGUCGUCCCUCUGACUCUGUGCCACCGUGACGAUGUCUGUCACCGCAGCACGACAGAUACAACUCUAACCGAAGUGUCCUCAGUGUCAGCGCUCUCUGCUGCGUCAUCACUGCCCAUCGAGCUGAUGUCCUCCUCCUGCCAAACGAGUCCCUCUGAUGUAAAAACUUGUUAUCCCCGUGACUCCAGCACAUCCAACAGGCUAGACAUCAAUUCAAAUGAUCCUACGUUUGAACUGAGCAGCGUUAAGCCGCCCAGUGAGGAUAACAAACCUGCGCUCACCGAGUCUGUCAUGAUUGAUGGCUGUGACAAACAGUGUGAAAUAAACCCAGAAGAUUGUGUGGAGUCUCUGAAGCAUGACUCAGGUGAUCCUGUUCGGGAUGUGCUUAUGAGCAGAGAUGAAAGACAGGCAGUCACAAAACUGGAGCUGGAGAUUUGUCAGCAGCACAGCGAGCAGCACGUGGAGAAGCGAGAUGUCAUAAUUGUUGUACCUGGAACAGUUCAGAGCACCUCAGAGACAACAGAGGAAAAAUAUGACCUCCUGUCAGAGCGCUGUGAUGGCUGCACGGCUGUAAAUACGUCCCACAAACCCGAGGGCACACGGGAAGAUGAAAGUCUCUCACAGCCUGCUCUCACUAACUGUGAGCUCCCUCUCAUGCCUCCCUCCACUCCUUCUCCUCCUCCCCCCUCUUCCUCACCACAGUGCUCAUCCUCUGAGGAAGCAGAGCAAAGUGUUAGUGACAGUACUGAACUUCAACCACAGUUACAUGCACCAGAGGAAGAUUACAUGCAUGUGUGUGAAAAAGGAGACACAACAGCUACACAGGAGACUUGGACUGACCCGCCUCCAUCCGUGUUCAUCAAAAGUAACCCCUCAGAUUGUGCUGAACAGCAGCUCCACGCCCUGCAAACCGCCUCUGAACCAGCAGGAUCCUUAACAGCCAGCGUUUCCUCUGACUGUGUGAACUCUCAGGCCUAUAUCAGCCUACAGUGUGAUUCUGUUGACUAUAUCACUCAACCUGGAGAGUCAUCAGGUGGACUUCACUCCCAGGAGACCAAUGAGGUGGAGGUGAAGGUGGAGGAGCAUCCUGUUCCUCAAAAACUCUGUCAUCCUUCGUCUGUAGAAGUUGAGCUGCAGGAUGACACCAGCAUCUGUGACACAAACAUGGUGCCUUAUGAUCUUAGCUAUGUGGACGGAGAAAGUCUGACUCCAAACUGCCAAGAGGACCACACCAUGAUCAGUGUGGACCCGGGUCAGAUUGAUGCGUACGCCUCCACUCCAUCCUACGAGAUCCACUUCCUGCACCAUGAGCAACCAACGAUGCCUGAGGAGGGCGAAAGAGAUGGAGGGAUAAGAGAGAUGGUGUCGGAGCUGCUGGGGGAAGACGCCGACACCUCUAUCUGCCGCCUCUACCCCGACCCCUGGGUCAGGCUGGGUCUGGGGGAGAACUGCACGAGCUGGGCUCAGGGGGCGUCUGUGGCCGAGCAGGGUGAGGUAGAGGCCAAGAUGGAGAGCCAGUUAGAGCAGAUCCCAGACUCUGUGUCAGAGCUCCAGCCCUCCAUGGCUCUGCUGGGAGCGUACCCCUACAGCACUGUGAUGCCUCAGGGACCCUGUGUGUGGGACUGGCACACAGACUGCACCCAGUCUGUAAGUUUUUUCUCUCAGCAUGUGGGACAAAUGGGUUCAGUGAGAGCUUUAACUCAAUCUUUUCUCCUCAGAAGUUAAAGAAAGUUCAGUAUGUUCAGUUUCUAUGAGGUUCAGAGACAGACAGGCAGGAGCUGCAUGAGGGGAAGGUGUUUGUCAGAGGUUGAUGUUUUUUUAUGUUGACACAUUCACACACAGAAUAAAGACGCACUGAUGGGGUCAGCAUGAAGCACCCACGACUGAAGAGCAAGUCUUUUUUCCAAAGAUGUUUCACAUCCAGACGUCCUUUAACAGUGUCUGAAAAUACAGCGAGAGCCUGAUGUUACAAAGUGAACUCGACUCAGAGUCAGAGGCUGUUAUCUGAAAAUGAACGUUUGAAGUUUGAAGUUUGAAGUGAAAGAGAACAGUUUUUUCUUGACUUGAUGUUUUUUUUUUAUCUGUGAUGCUAAACUCAAAGUAAAUCAGACCUCUAUGUUUUAAAACGUUCUCACAGAUCCAUCCUUUUACAUUCAAAUUAGUUUUGUUUAAAAAAAAUAUGUUAUGGUCCUUUCGUUUCAGGCACCUGUUGCUGCUCCCAGCCUUAACCCUGAUGCCGAGGCGUGGACCACUCACAAUUUUGACCUGGACGUUUCUGCCCCCCCCUACCUGCAGGCCCAGCAGCCAUGGCUAGCACUCCCUAAUGAUCUGAUCACUCAGGAAGGUGGGUCCAAGUUAUUCAAAAACGAACACACCAGGAUCGCUGGGAGUUGAUUAAAUCAUAGUGCUCAUUCCUCUUGAUUUGUGAAGAGUGAUUUAUUCUUUGAAGCAGUGUGAAGUUCUGAUUGGCUUAUUGUCUGCAUGUAAAGGAUGGUUCAUGUUUGGUGGUUAAGAUGAUGUUGGACUGGUUUUCAGGAUACAUGCCAGAGUUCCAGCUGGAGAACGCAGUCCUGGCUGAGGGUGUAGCUGAGGCAGAUCCAAGCACAUUCGAGUACCAGACGCUGACAGCAGAAGCUCCAACGGUGAACGGAGAGCUCACCAGACCAGCUGUCAAAGGUACCAAUAAGAAUCAGCUGCUUUAUUUCUGUUUCUCAAACUCAAACUACGGUGGCCCUGAAGGUCAACUGUGUCAACUGUUGCUGACCUUGAAAAAUUUUCAAUUUAUGCAAAAAAGAUUUCACAAAUUCAUAAACAUUAUCUGAGUCGCCAAAAUAACAUGAAAUACAAAAAUGUCUUUUGAUACACAAAAAAACGUUUCAGAGUGCAAAAUAUGUUACACAUAAACACAUUACACAAAAAAAUCAGCAAUGAAUUUUUUUGCAAAAUGCCAAAAAAAUUUAUGAUAUGCAAAAAAAAUCACUGAGAAAAAAAAAGUCUUUGAGGAUUUGAGGAAUAUAAAUAUUUUUGUGUUUGUUUCUUUUUGAUUAUUUUAGAGUUUGAUUAAGUCUUUGACUUUCUAAAAUAUUUUUGGUUUAUUUUUUAAUUAUUAUUGAAAAGUAUUUUAAGUUUUUUUUUUCUUGCCGUUCAUUAAAUAUUUUUUGUAUUUACAUCUAGUAUCUUUUUUGUAGUCUUGAAAUAUUUGAGCAGUGGACCUUCAGGGCCUCCGUAGUAACAUGACUGAUGUGAUAACUACUCUGCUCUGAUUUCAGAUGAGAUCAAACAGGAGCUGAGGAUGGUUCUGGAGUCCUGCUUCACCAGGUAAAAUCUCCAAUCACGCCUUCACCGACUCCGCUCAUCAAAUAUUUAGCUGAUGAAUUUAUUUAUGACUCAUCCUGCAGCGAGUGCCGCCCCGCCCACUCUAACCAAACAAGCAUCUAAAUCACUGGAGUUGUUUUGUUGGCUGUGGGACACCAAUGCUUCUCCCUCACCUGUCUGUUCCUCCACAGGGAACACCUCGGCAGCGACAUGUACCUCAUUUCUCAGAUGGACAAUGACAAGUAUGUUUCCAUAGCAACUCUAGCUAGCCUCGACAAGAUCAAGUCUCUCAGCACGGACCUGGACCUCAUCUCUGAAAUCUUGAAAAGUCAGUAUUUUUUUUUGUUCUCUCAGUUAAAAGUCAUAAAUGACAGAAUUUUAAAUUUGAUCAGAGGGAAUUUUUUGUCAGUAGUUUCUCCACAGUUUAAGUUUGACAAAGAUUUCCCUCUGGACUUCAAAGUCAGUAAUCAGUCCUGUAGUUUCAUGUUGAACCAUUCUCCUCUCUCAUUGGCUGACAGCGCUGCCACUGGUCCAGCUGGCUCCAUGUGGACAGAAGGUCCGGCCCUGUCAGAGUCGUUGUGUCCUCAUCCUGAGAGAAAUCCCAAGAAACACGCCGAAGGAGGCAAGAGCAGCCGACUACACAGCUGCAGUUGCUUUACAUCUUCCAACUGUGCACGCUGGAAGAGGACUCUUUGUUCAUAGUCCAGGAUGUUGCCUGGAGUCCUGCUGCUGUUAAAAUCUAACACUUUGAAGUGUAAAGUCUUGAUGGUUUAUUUCCAAAUGUUCUUGUUUCUGUGCAGGAAGUGGAGGCUCUCUUUGCUGGAGAGAACCUUCCUAAGUUCCUGAGCUGUGAGUUUACAAACAAUGAUCACCUGUACAUCACUUUUAAAUCAGAAGCAGAUGCACAGCAGGUAAAUCCGACUUCAAUCCCAGAGAAAGUUUCAGCUGUUUGUAGUUAAGACAUUCUCACCAGAAUACGAACUGUGUCGCUGAAAAUGAUUUAAAGAGUCGCUCUCUGCUCGUCCUCAGGCCUACAAAUUCCUGAGAGAGGAGGUCCGGGAGUUCAAAGGGAAGCCCAUCAUGGUGAGGGUCAAAACCAAAGCCAUGCCCGCCACCACAUUCGCUCCCAAAAAUGGCUUCAGACCCCCUCAGCUGGAAAACCAGCACGGCUCUUACUACCCCAGCAACUUCCAGCAGACCAGCCCAGCCCAGAUGCCAACACAACAACUGUUCGAUUUCCCCACUGAGGGGUGGGUCCCAGCUGUAGCAGGUUAUCAGGAAUGUGCCGAGGUCAGUCCUUUAACUCUGAAAUUCUCUGACAGAAAGAUCAACAUAUCAGGAGCUGAUCAGACGGAUUUUUCACAGAUCCUUCUUGGCACUGUCAUUGAACAAGUGAUUUUCUUUUCAGCAGCCUGCACCUUUGAUGGGCAGCUUCAUGAACGAAAUACCAGCAGCUUCCAUUUUCAAACACCACAGACCGAGGUAAACCCGUCGCUCUGACGUAUUCUGCAAGGUUAGAGUACCUGUUAUUGUACAAGAAAGAAAGCUGGAGCAGACUGUAUUUUUAGAUGCUCAGCAGGAUGACAUGAUAUCAAAAAAUCCCAGUAUUGAGUGUUUGAUGUCAGUAGCAUUUGUUUGUUUCUUAGCCCUGAUUAGGAACUGGGCUCUGGAUCCAAGAACAUUCUGUCAUCACAUGUUGUUAUAAGCUGUGGUGAAUCUGCAGCAGCUGGUUUUCACUCUUCAUUUCCUCUCAGGAGAGGCUCAAAGUGGUCGAACUCAGGAGACCGCUGGCAUGCUUCCAAUCAGUCCAAUCAGAACGGUUCCUCCAACUCAACAGACCAAGCACCAGCGGAGCGUGCCUUCUCUCCAACAAAAAGAGGACGAGGGCGGUCCCGGGGCAACACACCCCGCCAUCAGAGCGGGGGUUGGAGGUCAGAGCCACCCAAACAAAUUGUGUCAGCCCCUUCUGAUCAGGGGAGGUAAGAAAACAUCCAACAACCUCCGAACCCACCCACACAAAUGAAAAACAGGCAAAUGCACCGAAGUUUGAUCAAUCUAGACUCAACAGACCAGACUCCAUCUGUCUCCAAAUAAGUGUGGGAUUGUCUGUAUCUGUAAGGUGUCACAAAUAGAGAACAAGUAAGAAAGCAAGAGAGGAGACAACCAUCCAAAUAAGAGCUGCAGAGACGGUGAAACGAUAAAGACAAUAAAAGGAACAGCUGGUGGAUUUGAGGGUUUAGGGCUGAAUUUUAUUAAUCUUCAUGACGUUGCCGUAGUUACAGCCAGGGGGCUGCAGGGAGUGAUUUAUAGCUGUGGAGUCUGUGCUCUGUUUAAUUCACCAAUAAUGACAUUUAAAGCAGUUUGCUCUGAGCAGCAGCAUCCACACAUCUUUACGAUCGAACCCCCUCUCCCUGCUCACAUACAGCCCCUCAGUUUCACUAAAACACAGCAGGCUGAGUCACUUUAAAGCCCAAUCAUAAAGCAGCCUUUGCAGUUACAUCUCUGCUCUGUGUCUGUGUCUGCUCUAAAGAAGAGGAAACUCCAACCAGAGGAGGAGAGAGAACGCCAGGUCAAGGGACAUGUCUGCUGCAAACGACCAUGUAAGACACCAGCGAGCAUUUUUACUGCUUCUGAAGUUGACUUUGUGGAGACUCCACCAUGACUGUGUGUGUGUUUGUGCAGAAGGCAUCAAAUCAGUCACUGUCUCGUCAACCGUCUCCUCCUCUCGAGCUCGGCCUGACCAGCUUCCCUCCUCUUCCUCCUGCAAACAGCGCCAUAGCAACGGUCCCUGCAGCUAACGACAGCGCCAAGGUAACCGAGCCUCUCUGCCUGUCUGAUACACACACACACACACGAUCACAUGUUGUUUAUCAGAGCAUCCAGCCCAACAAGGUGACACUGUCUCAUACAUGAGGCCCAGACUGUGAAAUCUUAACGACCCACUCCUACUUUGAUCCCAGAGUCCAGCCAAAAGCAGCAGUGAGUGUCCCUCAGUGUCAGCAGAGUCAGGAGGGCCUCAGACAGCCGCACAGCAGUGAGUACACGUCACACACUCUCUGUUAACCGCCCUGCUUUUCCUCUGCCGUUAAAUUCAAACAUUACAGGAGAAGCUUUCGCUCCGGCUGCAUCUUCUUGUUAUUUUUUCAUUAUUCUUCUCGCUUUCCUCGCUCUCGGGAUGUUUCAGACGUGUACUUUGAUCCGUUUGCCAGUUGUCAUGGUGCCAGCUGUGCUCUGAGCUGUGUGUGCUGAGAUUGUUCUGCUGCUCUCUGUAGGAAUGUGAAGGAGUGUGCAGAGACAACCACUGAGGCCAAACCAGCACAACCUGCACAAGAAGCAGUCACAGUAAGACUUCUUCACUUUCUCCGGGUUGUUUAAGCGUCGUGCUGCUCCAGAAUACCAAUCAGAAAUUUGAAUGCAGGAAAUCUGAUAGAAAGACCUGCCAAUCCAGAUGACUCAGCAGCUGACAGAUGAGAGGUUACACUGCAGAGUCAUUUAUAUUCUUUCUAUUCUUCAAUUUAGGAAGAACAGUUCCUGUAGUUCUAUCCGUUUUCUUCACGUCUUUUUAUUUUUGUUUGAAGGAACAUGAGCUGAAAUGAUUAAAAAAUAAUAAAUACAGUAAGCUUUCACCUCAGAGGGAGGAAAAAUCAAAUAAGCAACAAAAACAAUAGCAUUUUCUCACUCACUCUGUUCUAGAUCAUAGCAGUGCAACUCGAAAGCUCUUCAUGCUUUUGUUGCUCAGAGCUUUAAAAUUUGCCGACUUCAUUUUUAAAAAUCUCCCUUAAAAGUUGGCAGGGAGGUUAAACAGAGAAAGUCCAGUACUUAUAACAUUAUAGUUUUGAUAACAGGUGAGGAAUCUCUUUAAGAACUCAUGGUGUGCUGAUGGGGAUGGGUGCGAGACUCUCUAACCUCACCCUGUGCUCUGAUUGGACAGGACCCCAAGAAGCCGAGCUAUGCCCAGAUCUGCCAGAGAUCACCAACCAGUGAGCCGGCGCAGCCCACCGAUCCUGUCCCUGCAGAGGCAGAGCAGCCCCUGACCUACCCGGGCCAAACGCCCGUGUGUCCUCAGUGA